AACAGGCAUAAAUCUAGAAGAAAUUACAUUUAAAUCAAGGUCUGGUCCUGGAGCAUAAAUAAAAAGUGGAACGAACUUUCUCAUAGACACACACACACACACACACACACACACACAAAUGUAUGUGACUGCAACAGAGAGCAUUUUUUAUAGAAAUUGGCAAAUAAAAUCAACUAAACUGGCAUAAAUCUGAAAAAAUUCACAAAUGCAACAUGGAACAAGCAUGUUCUUGUAGUAGGUUGAAAAAAAAAUAUAUAUAUGUUAAAAUUAAAGAGGAAACAAGGACACCCCCUUUAAAAAUUUUUAUUGUUUAUAAAUGAUGCCUUCAACAUUUGUUUAUUGAUGGGUAAAUUCAUCGUUACAUUCUUUGUUGUGGGUAAAGAAAAUGUUGCUGUUAUUAUUGUUUCCUGUAGAGGGCGUUUAGCGCUGUUUAACUAAGGUACUGCACCGGGCGCUUCAGAGUUAAUUAAACUUUGCCGGAGCUUACAGCCAGUACUCCUGUCUCACAGCGUUUCAUUUAUCAUUCUACAGAGCCGGCAGAAGUGGUUAAUUCACCUCACCCAUUCAGGCUUCCCAGCCCUGAUACGGGUAACAAUUUGGGGGCUCGUCCGGGAUCAGCACCACCUGGUGGUCGGGUGCUGAUCAUCAAAGAACCACAGUGGUUAAACGUCAUUCGUCCCAGACAAGCGAGUUGAACGGCAGACACCAGCAGUCCAGUCAUGGCUACUCUUCGAGAACUACGGUGGGAGAUCGAGAAGCAGCUCCACCUGCUGGUCAGCUCUUCGAACUGCAAAGCACUCUACAAGGUAGCCCUGUGUUGCGCGGAGGAGGAAGAAAAGGGGGUCCCAGACGGGGAUGCAACAGAAGUGGAACUCUACGACUUCAUCGUUGAUUUCAUGCGAGGAGAACAACUGCAGCGUCUAGAGGACCAAGGAAUGGCCAGUUUGCUGACCCUUCAUGACCUCGUUCAUGAGUUGACUGCUACAGAACAAGAUUCUGCUUCGGAUGUCGCAGAAAAUGAAGAGACUGUGGGACUGGUAUCGCGACCUGCAUCGACAUCAGCGGCUGCAAGGGUGCAGGUAGCACAAACUCCAGGUCUGACAUCACAUUCAAGAGCUGAACAAACUAUUCCACUGCCGAGAGUGUCUGAACAAAUGACUGGUCUGAUCAAAUUCUCUGAUGUUGCAUCAUAUUUGCCACGUAGAGAGUUCAAAAUUUACGGUGGGCAAAUUUCUGAUUCAAAUUCAGACUUGAGUUUCAACAGUAUUUGUAAGCAAAUUGAUGAAGGUAUAGCAGAAAAUUUCUCAGAGUCAGAAGUUAUUCAAAGGUUAAAGGUUAUCAAACCUAGUACCUUCAAAGAGAUGCUUAUUACAAAAGACAGCCUUACCGUAGCUGAGUUGAAACGGUUCCUUAGAGCUCACCUUAGGGACAAAAGUAGUACUGAAUUAUUUCAGGAGCUGAGCAAUGCAAAACAACAGGACAAAGAAUCCCCUCAACAGUUUAUGUAUAGGUUAAUGGGGCUUAAGCAGAGGGUGUGGUUUGCUUCAGAACAAACAGAAUCUGAGUUUCAGUAUGACCGUAAACUGGUCCAAGGUGUUUUUCUACACUCACUGUAUCAGGGUCUGAAUGAAAAAUACACAUUUGUCCGGAGGGACAUUAAAGCAGCAAUAGGUACACAGGAAACCUCAGAUGAUCAGAUCCUAGAACUGAUUACACAGUCUGUUAGUGAGGAAACUGAAGGACAAAAACGAAUGGGUCACACCUACAAAUCCAAAGUCACAAUUGCAAGUGUGACACAGCAGGAGGAUGUGAAGGGGCAAUGUUCUUCACUGAAUCAUGCCGAAGUUAGAGCCAAUCGUGAUGCUAUUCAUGAACUUUCUGUACAAGUAUCUGCAUUGACGAAGAAUCUAGAGAAAGUUGUCAUGUCAAUGGGCCCUGGUGUUCAACAGCAAACCCAAACCGUCGCUGCAAGUGCACAACAACCAGUAAAAUCAGAGGCAAAGGGUAAAUGCCAACAGUGUAUAGCCCAAAAUGUUGAAGUAUGUACUCACUGUUUCUUCUGUGGUCAAGCAGGGCACCGAGCUGUGGGCUGUCUCAUGAAAAGUCGGGCGUUAAAAGAGAGGAGGUCACUGGGGAGGGACCACCAGUGACCGGAGAAGAUCUCGUGUCCCAACCUUCUUUUCAUGCACCCAGAGGUGAGCAACCUGUAACACAGAACACAUCCAACAGAGCAAAGGAAAUUGGAGGGAAGCGUGUCGGCACAGCUGAUUGGCAGUCGCUGCAUGAUAACUUGCCAUUUAAAUGGUGUCCAGACUCAAAUGCUUUUGGACAGUGGAGCUCAGAUCAGUAUGGCUGGACAGAUGUGGCUAAAGAAGAACCUCCCAAACAUCGAAAUCCAACCACUAGAAUCUCUAUUAGCAGAUAGCCAGCUACACGUCACUGCAGCAAAUGGGACAGCUGUACCCUUUGAUGGGUGGGUUGAGGUUUUAUUAGAGAUCACAAGUGGCAAACAAAACAAAAUCGCCAUCCAAGUGCCCCUUUUGGUGAGUCGAAAAUGCAUGGACUGUCCGCUGCUUGGGUUCAAUGUAAUUGAGGAGAUCAUAAGGGAGAAUAAUGACGGUGCAAAUAACUUGAGCCUAAUUGAUCUUCUGUCUGAAGCUUUGCAGAUGAAAAAAGGUGCCACUGAAACCUUGGUGUCCACAGUGAACUCUAACCUCCUCCAAGAAUGUACUGCCAGCUGUAUAGUAAAGACUGGGAAGUCAGGAGCCACCAUCCCCUGUGGUCAGGUCCUAGAGGUAAAAUGCAGAGUAAGAACAGGGCACAAGGGUGGGACCAUGAUGUUCCGAACCAGCGUCAGAAAGUUUCAUCCCCGAAGGGUUGGAGUUAUUUCCUGCUGUUGUAAAUGUGCCUCCUGGUGCCUCAAAGACAGUGAAAAUUCCAGUUCAAAAUUCCACAAACCAUAACAUUUACCUACCUCAGAGACUUGUCUUAGGUAAUAUCGAACCCAUCAGCGAAAUUAGACCCGUUUGCUCUUCCUCCAGCAUUUCACAUCCAGAUCAACAGAUCAAUGGUGCGCUUUUGUGUGCAUCCCAGCUCACGUCAGCGGACGAUGUCUGUAAAAGGGAACAUCAUGAGAGAAGAGUUGGAGAAAAAUGGCACCCACCUGUUGAUCUUGAACACCUCAAUAAACAGGAACAAGAUAUUGUGAGGAAAAUGUUGUUUGAGGAGUCAGAUGUGUUUGCUCAGGAUGAGGGAGACAUCGGGUGUAUUCCUGAUCUGCAGUUGAAAAUCCGUUUAUCAGAUGAUACACCAGUCCAGAGGUGUUAUAAUUCCAUCCCA